AUGAUUCUUAGCGGAGCAUCCAUCAUCAAGCGCGGAAUUGUGCGUAACCUGCAAUGUACUACUCAGAUUCAGCCUUGUGGAGUUGACGUCUCCCUGCGUCGCGUCCUCAGAUGGACCUCACCGGCCACAAUCGACUUCGACAACACGCGUCGACAAGCCGCCGGCACUACAGAAUUAAAAUUCGACACCGCCGAUUCAGUCAAGCUUGCCCAGGGCUCAUAUCUCGUCGACUUCAACGAGACGGUUCGUAUACCGCUGGACUGCAUGGGCCAAGUCUUUGUCCGAUCGUCGCUCUGGCGGUCGGGCGUUUCAGUGACGGCUGGCGUGGUGGAUGCUGGUUAUGAAGGAGCUUUGGGAGCGUUGCUAGACGUAAAGAAUCCAGCCGGUAUUGUGUUGUAUAAGAAUGCGAGGCUGGCGCAGAUUGUGCUGCAUGGGCUGCGGGAGAAGGUGGAGGAGGGCUAUCGUGGGGUUUACCAGCAUUCGGCGAACAGUCUAGGACGUGAUGGACGUGGCAGACUAUGA